AUGGUACAGCCCCUCAGCCUCCGCAAGUGUACUGCUGACUUAAACUGCUGGAUGGAGGUUAAGAGAUGCGUCCGUCUCUCACAUCAGCUGAUCCCACAUUCUGAAGUACUGCGACGAAGGGGACCCUCUCCCAUAUGCGAACAUUGGACUAUCUCUCCAAUUAAAUGUCAAACAAAAAAUGAACUGACACUCUUAUCAGCUGAUUUCCUCGAGCUGUCUGCUCUGGCGCAACGCACUAACAGUGCACGCCUAGCUGUGCAGAGGCGAAGAGCAACGAUGGAGACCUUGCUGAGGUUGGCCCUGUCCCUGUCUCUCCUGGUCUGUGUGUUGACAAGUUCGGAGGAUAGAUCCUUCCGCGCAAGAGGAGUUGACUUCCAGGUUGACGAGGAGAGACAAGUGAGAGUGUGGGCAGGGAAUGGCACUGAAAUACACUAUACGGCUCUAGGGAGACGGGAUAAAGUACCCAAUACCACAAAUCCAAGCUGGCAUAAUUUCACAGCAAAACGAAACGAUUCUCACUACUGCUUUCAACCUGGAACUGAAGCUGAAGUCUGCGAUAAAACGAAGCGUCAAGUGCAUAUCGAAAGUAGCUCUGAAACGGAAUGGAUUAUUAAACCUAGCUCUUCCUAUUCCGGAUGCGACCAGUAUCACCUUCUCGAACUCCAACUUGAUGUCCACGAAACUCCUACUAAGCUGUUUUGGCGGCCCGGCAAGUUCACGAGGAAUUUGUCUUUGAAUAUCUCUACAGGCUGCGUGGCUAAAUAUGAAAUCGCACAAUCCUCUUCGCAAUCUUGGUUUGAUAUUACGUUUCAGCGUGUGUCUGGUGGGAACCUCAGUGUUGUCAACAGCGCCCUUCUCAACAUAUCACAAACUUGCCAAGGGAUUCAGAGACAAAUCAGUCGAAUUGAAGUGACAAGCCUGAAUGAUAGUUCAAGGACGCCAAGCUAUUUCUCCUUCCACUGCGGGGAUGGCCAAGGAACCCAACCGGACGCCCUGCCAUUGUCCAUUUCCUUGUCCGCCCUGGCGCUGUUUCUUCUGGUCGCGCUGGCCGCCGUCGUCGUCUGCCUCCUGAGAGCGAAGGUGUUGCCAUGCACCCGCGAGACCCUUGCCAGCAACCCGAAGAACUCCGACUGGCGUGGCAUCCCCAGCGGACAGGAGCCGCAGGAGGAGCGUAUGUAUGAGUACGUCAGCCUGAACGGUUCGAGUUUCCAGGACGUCGAUGAGGAGGCCCUGGAGCUGCCUUCGUUGACCGCCCACGACUCCGAAAACUCACUCUAUGGGGAGUUUUACUCACUCUACUGUUUUGGGGUGAUCUGCUUCAAGGCACGGAAAUACUUUACAGUCAGAACUGUAGCCUUACACAUAAGCCCAGGUUCCUAUACAUGGACAAACUUCGAAAACUUUGAUUUUGAAUCGCAGAAAAAGAAAAAGGGCCCCCACGCAGGCAGAGGUGCAAAGGGAAGCAAUAACUAG